AUGAUCUCCAAUUUCUUUGUUUUGUCCCCACGAGGGGACACAAUCAUCGCAAAACAGUAUCGAAAUUACAGAGAAGGAGGCACUGGAGCCCAUGAAAGAAGCCACACAGAAGCUUUCUUUCGGAAAAUCAAGUUCUGGGACGAAAUGAACCUCACUCCAGGAGGCGAGGAGACGUCGUCCGACCAACAAAAGUCAGGCGAAAAACAACAGAAAACGGGAGAUGCUCCACCGGUCUUCAUGAUGCCUGAUGGGCUUUCCUAUCUACACGUGAAACGAAAUGGUCUCAUCUUUGGGUGUGCAGCAGCUAGCAAUGUAUCGGCAGUCACAAUCAUAGACUUGCUGUCAACAGUUGCCAGAGUGUUCAAGGAUUACUGUGGGACGCUUUCCGAAGAGGCUAUACGAAAGAAUUUUAUUUUGUUGUACGAAUUGUUGGAUGAAAUGUUAGAUUAUGGAUAUCCACAAAUCACUCGGACAUCCACGCUCAAGUCGUGCGUCUACAACGAACCCAUUGUGGUCGAAAACAUUGGAUCUACUUCCAAUAUGAUCAACCCCAAGACGGCGUCUGCCAACUCGGUACACAAACCUGUUAUUUCAUCUGUCAAUGCGAAUGGAAGAAAGACGGACAGUAAUGCCAAUCAAAAGAAUGAGAUCUUUGUCGAUAUUCUGGAACGACUGAACGUUUUGUUUUCCGCCAAUGGAUAUGUUCUCAACAGUACGAUUGAUGGUUGCAUCCAAAUGAAGUCUUAUCUAGCUGGAAAUCCAGAAUUACGGCUGGCGCUCAACGAAGAUCUCAUUAUUGGAAAGAAGGAAUCAGGGACUUAUGGAAGCGUCAAUGUCGACGACAUUAACUUCAAUGACUGUGUCAACCUGAACGAAUUUGAAAGUGCUAGAACACUAACAUUUGUUCCACCAGAGGGUGAAUUCGUGGUGCUGAAUUAUCGAUUGACUGGAGACUUUAACACGCCGUUCCGCAUUUUCCCAUCCAUAGAAGAGGUCGAUUCCAAAACACUGGAGAUUACCAUUUUGAUCCGAGCAGAAAUGCCACAAAACCAUUUUGGUGCCAACGUAUCCGUUGAGCUACCACUUCCCAAGUGCACGAAUGUAGCUCACUGUAAUGUCAUAUCCAGUCCAGGAACUGGAUACACCAAUGCUGAAUUCGUCCGAUCGGAGGGCAAAAUCCUCUGGACCAUGAAAAAGCUACCCGGUGGUACCGAACAAACCAUGAAAGCCAAAGUAUCCUUGUCGCAAGCGUGUACAACUCAGAUAAGACGAGAGGUUGGCCCAAUCAACUUGAAUUUUGAGAUUCCAAUGUACAAUGUUUCCAAACUGCAAGUGCGCUACCUGAGAAUUGCGGAAAGUAUGGCGGGAUACACUCCCUAUCGCUGGGUGCGGUAUGUGACACAAUCAAAUUCCUAUGUGUGCCGACUGUAA